CAAGACUUUAACUUAAAAAAUAGGUUUUGCAGGAGAGAGAAGAGGGGCUCUUCGUCUCAAACUAUGAAGUAAACCUGAUAUCGUAAACAAAAGUAAUGUUAACUGCUGCUUUAUUAGCGUAAUACGUUUUGUUUACUUAAUUCAUUCGUACAGCAACGAGUUGUUUUUGAAAUGUGCUUAUAAACACAUUUGAGCAUUUAGCGAUAAUUCUGGCACAUUCAGUAAUUUAUGACGCUCAGAAUGAAUAUACACGAAAAAAAGACCCAACAAUGAGAUAUAGGAUGCAGCGUGCUGCAAGGGUUAAAUAAUGUUGGAGGUCAUACAAAAGAAUGAUUAACUGGAGGGAAGACCUCACAGGUGAAAGUCCCCCCAAUAGACGACUGCCGAAUAUCUGGAUCUUAACUGUGUGGCCUAUCAAGAUGCUUUUGGCUGGCCACAAUAGAAGGCCCCAUCAAAAGGUGCAAAGGGGCCAAUACCAAUCCACUGCAGAAGCAGCAAUGGACCGCUUCACUGGCUUGACCGCGAGAGAAACCGUGGAGGGGGUCGCCACCUUGUUGCACUGCUGUCCAACCUCUGAGAAGGUGGCCGCUUUCCUGGAUGAGCACGACGAGCUGCGACACCUCAGGGAGAGCUUUCUGGUGCCCAAGAUAUCCGAUUUACCUCCCUCGGAUUUGGCGCUGGUGGACGGCAGCCAAGAAAGCAUCUACCUGGUGGGAAACUCUCUGGGCCUGCAGCCCAAAAUGGCCAAGCGAUACUUGGAGGAGGAGUUGGACAAGUGGGCCAAAAUGGGCGUGCACGGACACACGGACGGGUCGCGACCUUGGGCCUGGGCUGAGAACAACUUGGAGGAGCUGAUGGCAAAAGUUGUUGGAGCGCUUCCGGAAGAGGUGGCGCUGAUGAACGGGCUCACGGUCAACUUACACCUGCUGAUGCUUUCCUUCUACCAGCCCACGGCGGCGCGGCACAAGAUACUCCUGGAAGACAAGGCCUUUCCUUCCGAUCACUACGCAGUCGAGUCGCAGAUCCGACUGAGAGGAUUCGACCCGGAGGCGAGCAUGUUGCUACUGACACCUAGACUGGGGGAGGAGACUCUGCGGACAGAAGACAUCCUGGACGUGAUCGAAGCGGAGGGCGCCUCCGUCGCUGUGGUGAUGCUCAGCGGGGUCCAGUACUACACCGGUCAGCUGUUCAACAUGGCUGCCAUCACCGAGGCUGCUCAGAAGAAGGGCUGUCUGGUGGGCUUUGAUCUGGCCCAUGCGGCAGGAAAUGUCGAGCUGAAGCUGCACGACUGGGGGGUGGACUUUGCCUGCUGGUGCUCCUACAAGUAUUUGAACUCAGGUGCUGGUGGGCUUGCUGGAGCAUUCAUACACAAAAAGCAUCAACACACCAUCAAACCUGCGCUGACAGGCUGGUGGGGUCACGACUUGAGGACUCGCUUCCAGAUGAACAACGUGCUGGCGCUCCAGCGUGGCGUGAGCGGCUUCAGGCUCUCCAACCAGCCCAUUUUGCUCGUGUGCCCGCUGCAGGCCAGUUUGGAGGUGUUCAACGUGACCAGCAUGCGGGCGCUGCGCAGGAAGUCCGUGCUGCUGACAGGAUACUUGGAGUAUCUGAUAUCCCACUACUACGCCGAGGAUCCCGCCCAGUCCGGCAAACUUCAAGUGCGCAUCAUCACGCCCUCUGACCCCGAGCAAAGGGGGUGCCAGCUGUCUCUGUGUUUCUCCAUACCCAUUCGGAGAGUCUUCCAGGAGCUGGAGAAGAGGGGCGUGGCUGUGAGUGGCCUUGCCUGGCUAUCAGCUCAUCUGGGCUCGGUCGGCUGUGGUGAAAUGACAAGGUAACACAACUGGAGGGGUCAGCUGUGUUCCAGGAAAUCAAUCUCGGCUGACAGUAGUGUCUUCAGGAUACUUGAUCGUGACACACACACACACGCACAGUACAAAAGCACACAAGCAACACACAUUCACAUGUUACACAUAUUUAUUGUCAUUCCUUUUUGAGUGUUUUUGCGUGUUGCUGUUGAACGUUCACUCAGUGGCCAGCAGAGGGCAGCGCAGCACCAGGAUAUGUUGCAUACACGUGAAUAGACCUCAUGUGUACGUCGGUCUUUUAUUGUUAUUUAUCAUAGUUAAUGAUAAAUUACAUUGCCCAUCGUUUUCACUGUACACAAUCAUGAUCCUGGUUUUGUUCAUUUUUAAGACCACCGAUACUUUUCCCUGUCAUUUUUAUGUCGUCUUAUGCAGUUACCAUUUUCAUCAUUUUAAAAAGCAGGAGAUUAGGGGUGUCCAAAGUGCGGCACAGGGGCCAUUGGCGGCCGGUGGCUGGUUUUUAUUGGCCCACUGCACAUUAAAAAUAAAUAAUAAAAAUGUCCACAUAUUAAAUGAAAAAAGUUGUAAUCUAACAAAAAAAAGUCAUAAUUUUAGAUGAAUAAUGUAGUAUUAUGAGGAAUAUCCAUUUUAGUAGCAUAACGUUGAAAUAUUCAAGAAAAAAGACGAUUCAUUUAAAAGUUGUAAUACUAUGAAAAACAACCAAAAAAUGAAGUUGUGAUUUUGAGAAAAUUUGGUUACAGAAAACAUUAUGCUAUGAGAAUAACGUCAAAAUAUUUUGGGAAUAUUAUGGGAAUAAAAUAAAAUUGCGAGAAGAAAAUUUAUAAGAAGAAAGUCAAAAUAGCUGAAGAAAAACCAGAAAUGGAAAAAACAGCUCUAACGUUACCAAAAUAAAGUUAAACUAAUAAGAGGAAAAAUAAUGUCAUUUUCUUAGGAUAGAGUUGAAAUAUGAAAGAGAAAACCUUAAUUUUUCAAAGUUGUAAUAUUACAAUCAAGAAGCAAAACGACGACUAAAGUUGCAAUUUUUGGAAAAUUAGGUUGGCGGAAAAAGCAUUAUAUAAUGGGAAUAAUGUCAUCAUUUUACAAGAACAAAAUUGACCAGAAAAAAAGUUGUAAUAGUUGAAAAAAACAGCAGAAAUGAAAAAAAAACAGCUGCAAUUUCACGAGAAUAAAGUCGUAUUCGAAUGAGGAAAAAAAAGCCAUUUCCUGAGAAUAAUCGUGUAAUAUUAUGAUGAAAAAAAAAGUAAUUUUAGUAGCAUGGAGUUGUAAUAUUAAAGAACAUUUUUUAAAGUUGAAAUAUGACAAACAAAUAAAACUAAAUAAAGUUGUCAUUUUUGGAAAAUCAGGUUGGCAAAGAUUAACGAGAAAGUUUAAAUAUUUGGAAAAUGAAAAAAAAAGCAGCAAAAAAUGUGAACAAGAGCAACUGAGAUUGAAAUGAGAUGCAGUGUUUUGGUGAAAUAUGGAUAACUUGUUAGCAUACCGACAUGUGUUGCUGUAUGAUGCACUGAUGUUUCGAUGUUGCUAACAUCCUCUUCCAUCCUCUUUGAUUGUAGAAAGUUGGCCACCUGCUGGUUGCAUCGGGUUCAUCCUUCCGUUCCCAACCUCCCUGGCAUCAGUGCUUGGUUUAUUUCUGUGCUUGGUUGUAAUCACAUCAUCCAUGCAUGCCUUGCUCCAACUCAUCCAUUCACAAUUUGAAUUCUAACCUGACACGUAUUUGAUAUUUUUCUUCUUCAACUCCUUGAUGGCAAUCUGAGGGCUUCCAUUGUCUUUCUCUGCUCCUCAUUGGUCAUUUUGUGGACUUGCCGCUUCAGCAAGUGGGAGCAGGAUACGUCUCCAGUUGGGGGUUCGGCCCCCGUCACAAAAAAAGACCACCAAAUGGUGGGCUAGGUGAAAAAUCUGUCAUGUCCCGCUCGCAGUCGCCCAAUAGACGGCGACUGAGUGGAGGCAGCAUACAUGCGUUCGAGGCGCACGGGCCCACCGCUCUCUGGUUUUGCCCCAUACACAAGGUCCCAAUCUGCAAUUUGCAACUUUUGGUCCGAGUCUUGUUUCGUAACUCUUGACAGCUUUGGUGACCAAUGAUUAUCAGGCACAUAAUGAGCUUGCUUCAAUUGCUCACUUGUGAUACCUUCCGGCACUCAGAGCACUUUGAUGCAGCAUCAUCCAUCCAUCCAUCUUCUUGUACUUAUCCGAGGUCAGGUCACGGGGGCAGCAGCCUAAGCAGGGAAGCCCAGACUUCCCUCUCCUUGGCUACUUCGCCCAGCUCCUCCUGAUGUUCCCAGGCCAGUUAAGAGACAUUGUCUCUCCAAUGUGUCCUGGGUCUUCCCCGAGGCCUCCUACCAGUUGGACGUGCCCGGAACAUUUCCCCAGGGAGGCAUCCUGACCAGAUACCCGAGCCACCUCAUCUGGGUCCUCUCAAUGCGGAGGAGCAGCAGUUCUACUCUGAGUUUCUCCCGGAUGACAGUGCUUCUCACCUGAUCUCUAAGGGAGAGCCCAUCCACCCUACAAAGAAAACUCAUUUUGGUCACUUGUACCCGCGUUCUUGUCCUUUCGGUAACUACCCAAAGUUCAGGACCGUAGGUGAGGGUAGGAUCCCGCCACUGUGACCCUCGCUUCCUCUGUUGCUGCUGCGGAGUCCCAGUGUGAGUGGUGAGCGUCCCACGGAGGCAAAAAUCGCGAGGGAUGUGUACUGGAACUCGUAAACGGUAGCAACCAGACCAAAAAACUAAGUAGGUAUCGUUACCUCAUUUGGGUUCUAAAGGAAUGCAGAGUCAGCAAGUUCGAGUGCUUGAUUGUGCAGAUAACGUCUUGUAAAUAAUGCGGCGUCCCGACAGAGGAACGCAGUCUGAUGCUCGUUUUGCCGACCCUAACACGCCAACAGCAGUACUCCAUUCCAACACGGCAAACAAGCACACGUUCUUCCAUCGCACUCCAUGCCACUUCCUCAUUAUCAACCAGUCACAAUCAUGGUGCAUUCAGGAACAACAUCAACAUUUCAACACAAACAGGUCGCCAGAAGGGUGUAUGAAUAAUCAUCGUCCGCUGAAAUGAUGUGAAGUGUAUGCACUUCAAAUCCUGUGUAGUCGUAUUUCAAUGAAUAUUAUGUUUAACUUGCAUGUCACAAAACGCCUAAAAUCAGCAAGGCUACGUUCUCUUUGCAGGUUAGGUGUCAGAUCCUCUUUUCCUUUUGGUUUUUUCCCGUGAGGGGGUGCUUCUCUUACAAUAGGCACAAUCUGCUGUAUCUUUUAGUUGUACUCCACAUUGCAGAUUUGGCAGAACCAUUUUUAUGCCCGAUGCCCCUGAACUGACACCACUCUUCUCAUUUAUUCGGGUUUGGGAGCCGGGAUGAAGAUUACUGGCUUGCGACGACUCGUGCCCGAGUUAGUUUCAUGCAUUCCUUAAACCAAGGGUGUCCAAAAUGCGGCUCGGGGGCCAUUUACGGACGUGGCUGGGUUUUUUUGGGGCCCGCAGCACAUUCUAAAAAUAGAAUAUAACAAGAAAACUAAAAAACAGCAAAAAGGUUAGAAUCAGCAGUAAUUUUAUAUAUAUAGAAAAAACGUAGUAAUAUUAUAAAAAAAAAAAAUAACUUCAUUUUAAUUGCGUAAUGUUUAAAUAUUAAAGAAAAAAAGAUGUUUUUUGAGAAACAAACAAAACAAAAUAAAGUUGUAAUUUUUGGAAAAAUUUGGUUGGGGAAAAAAGGUGAAUAGUCACAAAUACGAGAAGAAGAUUUGCAAGCAAAAUGUUGAAACAGUUGGAAGAUUAAAAAACAACAACAGAACAGAAAUAGGAAAAAAAGUUGUCGUUUUACGAGAAUAAAGUCAAAAUAUCAAAAGAAAAAAUUGUAUUCUAACGAGAAGAAAAAGGAAAAAUUCUGUCAUUUUAGUAGCAUAGAUGUUUUUUUUUUUAAGUAGCAAUAUUAUGAGCAACAAACAAAACAAAAUAAAGUUGUCGUUUUCAAAAAAUUAGGUUGGGGAAAAGUUUUAAUAUUAUGGAAAUAAAGUCAAAAUAUUACAAAAAGAAAAUUUAGAAAGAUUAUUUCAGAAGAAAAUUGAAAUAUUUGGAAAACUGGGAAAAAAAAUGGAAAAAAAGAGAACAAGUAGGUCCUAAUAAUAGGCACCUACAGUGUAUCACAAGGAUGAAAUGUAAUGUUUUUCUUGAAAUAAAUAUAACUUCUUAGCAUA